AUGACCGUCAACUUCCUUGCUCUGGGCUUUAACUUUGACCUUGGAACUUCGGGUUCGGGUUCAACGGCAGCCGAAGGUCUAUUCUUUGGCAGUAACUCUCCAAACUCCCGAGCGAUGAGGAAGCAGACGGGCAGUGGUGAUCUUCCGUGUCUUCCGCGCCCGUUACAAAAGCUGCAAGGUCCACAUGGAUUAGUCAAUUGA